AUGAAUUCUGGAAUCUCUUAAUAAUCUAAUUCUAUUCUAACCUCUAACUAAGAUGAUAACUCUUACUAAACUUAAUUUCGUCAUCAAUCUACCGAAGAGGGAAUUUUUUAAUCUAAAUAAAUCAGACAAAGAAGAAAAACAAUCUAAUAUGGCUAGAAAGAUAGAGGUAGCGCUAUUUAUAAAUACCUCAAAGAGAAAUAGAUGGCUUUUCUUAAUUACAAACCUAGAGCAUAAAUUUCUUAAUUCUCUGCAGAAGAAGACCGAAUUCUAAUUUUGCUUGUUAAAAAAUUAGGACCCAAGUUUAACAAAAUAACAAAGUACUUCUCUGGAAAAACUGUCAAUAUGAUUAAGAACAGAUACUACAAGUCUUUACGAUAUAUUGAAUCUUAAGAAAUUCCAAAAGAGUUAGAAGAGGAACUUCUUUAAAAUAAAAAUGAAUCAAGAAUUAUAGGUAGAAAAAUUCUAAAUUUAUGGCCUCAACAUAAAUAAAUGAGCUCUGUGAUAGAGAAUAGCCCUCUCUUUCCAGAAGCCAAGGAAAUUCUACACACAUUUUUGAGUUCAUUUUAAUAACUUAUUGGAAAUAUGCAAAAAUGA